UUCUGUUCACAAGUGCAGAAAGUGUGUUUGGUGAACUUUGGUCCCCAAAUAGACAGAAGUCUGCAGAUAGAUAACUGACAAAUGCAAAACAUGAUUCCAGUGGUUGAUUUGGCACCAUAUACAUUGUCAGUCACAGAGGAGCAAGUGGACACCUGUACAUUACGUAAACUAGCCGAUGAGAUAUGUCAUGCUUUUCAAGAUGUUGGCUUUGUCUAUUUGAAAAAUCAUGGAAUACCUCAACAAUUGAUCAAUGACGUGUUUUCAACGUCGAAAAUGUUUUUUGACCAGCCAGAAGAAUUGAAACAAAAAUAUGCAAUUCCUUGUGGAGAACUCCACGGCUAUAUAUCAUUUGAGGCAGAGAAAGUUAAUCACGACAGGCCAGUUUCUGAUGCUAGAGAGGGCUAUACUAUGCUAGUAUCCAAGGAUGGUACAUUGCCCCAAAACAUGCCACCAGAAAUAAUGUCAACAUUCAAGGAAAUCUACAUUACUUGUACAAAAUUAGCAUUACGAAUGUUGGAUCUCCUUUCCAUAGGAUUAGACAAAGACCGAGAAUACUUGAGACAGUUUCACAGAGGGAUAUGUGUUGGUGGAAAUAGCACAACGCUUCGAUCAAACUACUAUCCUCCUAUAAAAGAGAUAAAGGAGGGCCAGGCGAGAUGUGGAGAACAUUCGGAUUAUGGCACCAUAACGUUUCUAUUUCAAGACGAUAUGCCAGGACUGGAAGCAAAAAGCCCCAGCGAUGAAUACCUCCCUGUGCCUCCUGUUGAGGGUACCAUCGUUAUGAACGUUGGAGAUAUGAUGCAAAGAUGGAGUGCUGACAGACUAAAAGCUACGAAACAUAGAGUCGUUGUACCACAGAAAGACAAAGCUAGGGAAAGACCGAGACAAUCCAUUGCAGUUUUUGUUACUCCUGAUGACGAUAUCACCAUUACAUGCAUCGACGGAUCAAAUAAAUAUCCACCAAUACGAUACCUGGACUACUUAAAAACAAAAAUAGAUGCCAACUUCUAAAACAAGUUAUACUUGUUUAUAAUUAAUCCAUUUUACUAAGAACAUUUGCACAUCGAUUUUAAGAAAAUUGUAUAUUGAUAUAUAGCUUCCUCCAAUGGAAUACAUUGUAUUUGCCAUUUUGCACCAAAUAAUAAGUGCAAGCAGAACCAAGU